UAGACGUCCUGCUGACCAACCUCAUCAGGAGGAACCUGCUUCCCUCAGCUCAGCUCUGGAUUACCACACGACCUGCAGCAGCCAAUCAGAUCCCUCCUGAGUGUGUGGACAUGGUGACAGAGGUCAGAGGGUUCACUGACCUCCAGAAGGAGGAGUACUUCAGGAAGAGGUUCAGAGAUGAGGAGCAGACCACCGUCAUGUCUCACAUCAGGAGCUCACGAAGCCUCUACAUCAUGUGUCACAUCCCCAUCUUCUGCUGGAUCACUGCCACAGUUCUGGAGGACAUGUUGAAGAGCAGAGAGACCGGAGAGCUGCCCAAGACCCUGACUGAGAUGUACAUCCACUUCCUGGUGGUUCAGGCCAAAGUCAAGAAGCUCAAGUACCAUGGAGGAGCUGGGACCGACCCAGUUUGGGAUCCUGAGAGCAGGAAGAUGAUGGAGUCUCUGGGAAAACUGGCAUUUGAGCAGCUGCAGAGAGGAAACUUGAUCUUCUAUGAAUCAGACCUCACAAAAAGUGGCAUCAAAGUCAAGGCUGCUGCACUUUACUCAGGAGUCUUCACACAGAUCUUCAGAGAGGAGAGAGGACUGUACCAGGACAAGGUCUUCUGCUUCGUCCACCUGAGUCUCCAGGAGUUUCUGGCUGCUCUUCAUGUCCAACAUGAAUUUAUAAACACUGGCGCCAACCUGCUUGAUGCACAACAAACAACAAACAAACCUCUUCCAGACCAGUUCUACCAGAGAGCAAUCAGUGUGGCAGUUGAAAGCUCAAAUGGACAUCUGGACUUGUUCCUGCGCUUCCUUCUGGGUCUUUCUCUACCAACCAACCAGAAACUCCUUCAAGGGUUGGUGGCACAGACAGGAAGUAGCUCCUGGACCCAUCAGGACACAGCAGAGCUCAUCAAGGAGAAGAUCAGGGGAAAAGUGUCUCCAGAGAGAAUCAUCAAUCUGUUCCACUGUCUGAGUGAAGUGAAGGACACUUCUCUAGUGGAGCAGGUCCAACAGCAGCUGAGAUCAGGACGUCUCUCCACAGAUCAACUGUCUCCAGCUCAAUGGUCCACCCUGGCCUUCAUCUUACUGUCCUCAGAGGAAGAUCUGGACGUGUUUGACCUGAAGAAGUACUCUGUUUCAGAGGAGGCUCUUGAGAGGCUGCUGCCAGUGGUCCAGGCUUCAAAGAAAGUUCUACUGAGCUACUGUGGACUGUCAGAGAGAAGUGGUUCCCUUCUGUCCUCAGUCCUCAGCUCUCCGUCCUCUAGUCUGACACAACUGGACCUGAGUGAGAACUGGGACCUGAAGGAUGCAGGAGUGGAGCUGCUGUCUGCUGGACUGAAGAGUCCACACUGUCACCUGGAGACUCUCAGGUCAGACAUGUCGAUGAAUAUUUAUUGAUCUGGAAACACGUUUGUUUGUUACAGCUCCAUUUCUAGAUUUCACUUCAUCUUUGGCUCAGAAAUUCAGUUCCUCUUUUUCUUCUCAUUUUCUGAUUCAGUUUCCAAAGAAAUGAUCCACUUUUCAGAAGUCUUUCGGAAACAACAUGGACUGUUUAGUGGCUAUUUCCUGUCCAUCAUAGUGACUGAUGUUUGUCAUGUUGCUGAGAAAACACUUGGUUUUCUCUUCUUGUCCAGGUGUUUUCUGCUUCACUACAGUUUGACUUUGUUUCUCUCAAGUCUCCAUUUCUGCUUCACACAUUCCUCCAGUGGAUUUAUGGUUUGAUAUUGAAGAUAUUGAGGACAAUGUUCAUCUGCUCCAAUAGAAUCAUCAUCUCUGCAGCUCAUGUUCAUGAUAUUGGAGCAGAAUCACACUGUUUUUCAUCAGAGCUCUUUUCUCUGUUGUGUCCACUGAGUUCGACUUUGAGAUGUUUUGUCAUCAUCAUCUCCAUGUUUCUUUUCUCUAGUUGCUCUGUUGACCAAUAAUAGGAGCCAAAAACACUGU